AUGAAGAGGAGCAUGUUUGAAAUUCUGAAGCUCUUAGACCUCCCUGAAGCGCCGUGGAACAACUUGGAGCAGUCUGCAGCAACAUUGACGUUUGGCCCGCGGGACGGCCCAUUUCUCAUCAAUGAAUCACCUAACCAAAAGUUCGUUGUUACAGAAAUUUCCUUUGAGGUCAUCAAACGAUCAACGGCCGCGGAGGAGAUUGAGAGAAUCUACCGCCGAGAACCUCACGACUCUUCCAUUGAUAUCUCUCACCAGAAUUGCAUCGAACCAACGAUUAUCCCCGAGCAAUUAACCGUCGCGAAGCCAAUCGUUGCAACAGAUCCUCCUCCUCCUCCUCCUCCAUCUUCUCCUGCUCCCCUCCACGAGAACAAGUUUCUCGUAUCUGUGGAGGUUUGCUUAAAGCCAUCAAGCACAGGCUUGUCUCGAGGAUGUUCAGAGAGCUGUAGACCGUUGUUCAAGGAAUGGGUGAAGAAUAAUGAUGUGCUCUUGUUCUGGCAAGUUAAGCCUGUUGUCCAUGCCUUUCAGUUAACUGAGGAAGGACCAUGUGAGGAACUCGGCCCUGAUGGACAAUGUUCUAGCUUUAAUGAAUUGAUUCUUCCUGCUAAGGAGUUUGAUGGCUUAUGGAAAAGCUUGAUAUAUGAAUCUGGACUUAAGCAACGGUUACUACGUUACGUCGCAAGAAUGAGUGAGCAAGAAGCUUUGGAUUAUCGUCACAGUUUGGGGAUUCGUGUGUCGGGUUUCGAUGUUCCUAGACCUGUGAAGACCUUUGAGGAUUGUGGCUUUUCCUCACAGAUCAUGAGUGCUAUCGAAAAGCAAGCUUAUGAGAAGCCAACAACUAUCCACCUGAGCUUCAGAGAGAAUAAUGUCCUAUUGGUGUCAUAUGUGCUCCAACCAGAGAACUCGCUCAUCAGAUUUACUUGGAAGCUAAGAAAUUCUCUAAAGCGUAUGGGUUGUGAGUCUCUGCUGUGUAUGGUGGAAUGGGGAAGCAUGAACAGUUUAGAGAACUCAAGGCGGGAUAUGGGACUAAGGCAAAUACGAGAGAACUGCCUGCAACCAAAUGAGGAAACAGUAAGAUCGUUUACAUUUUUCAGAAUGAACGAGAAGAUCUUUAGGGUCAAGAACUGGAACAACGUUGUCCCAUUCGUUAGGCAGAUGAGUGCGGAUGUGUAA